AUGGGAAAAGUCCAGGAGACCAAUAACCAACCUAAACCACCUAAGACCAAUGGAUCAGCUCAGAGAAAUGGAACUAGUAGCGGUGCAGGAGGGGCCCCUAAGGGUCGUGUGUUCGUAAUGAAUUGUCGUGAGGCUGAGGCUUCUAAUGAUGUGGUAAUUGGCACUUUCCUUGUUUGUUCUUUGAAUGCUAGAGACAUGUUUGAUUCGAGUGCGCCUCAAUCUUUUGUUUCAAAAUCUCUAGUCCAGAGAUUAAAGUUAGAGAGUCCAUUGUUAGUGUGUCUAGAUGUUUCUAUUCCACCUGGGGAAGUGAGGAAUUAUUCUAAGUCAUAUAAAGGGGUACCUAUCACCAUAGUUGGAGUAGAAUUUCCUUUAGAUUUGAUAGAGUUUGAUUUGCAAGACUUAGAUGUGAUUUUAGGAAUGGGCUGGCUGGAUAAGGCUCGCAUAGAUUGUGCUGCUCAUAAAGUGAAAUUGUUGGGUCCGGGUAAUGUGACAGUGACUUAUAGGAAGGAAGGGAAGAGUUCAGGGAUCAAAAUCAUUUCUGCCUUGCAAUUUCGGAAUUGUGUCAGGAAGGGUUAUCCUAUAUACAUGUGUAGUGUUCAGGAAGUGGGAAGGGAGGAUGAGAAGUAUGCCUCCAGUAAGGGAUUUGGGUUCACCAUAGAAUUGCUACUAGGGACUGGAUCUAUCUCGAAGGCUCCAUAUAGGAUGACUCCAGCUGAGAUGAAGGAAUUGAAAACACAGUUAGAUGACUUGUUGGAUAAGGGAUAUAUUCGACCUAGUUCUUCUCCAUGGGGUGCUCUAGUGUUGUUUGUGAAAAAGAAGGAUGGAAGUUUGAGGUUGUGCAUAGACUAUCGUGAGUUGAAUAAUGUGACAGUCAAGAAUAAGUAUCCUUUGCCUAGAAUUGAUGAUUUGUUUGAUCAGUUGAAAGGGGCUGGAAUAUUUUUUCAAGAUAGAUUUGAGGUCAGGGUACCAUCAGUUGAGAAUUACAUAGCAAGACAUUGCCAAGAGUUAACUAAUGCACCUGCAGUUUUUAUGGAUUUGAUGAACCGAAUCUUUAGGCCAUAUUUGGAUAAGUUUGUGGUGGUUUUCAUUGAUGAUAUUUUGAUCUACUGCAAGAAUAGGGAGGAGCAUGAAAAUCAUUUAAGGAAAGUAUUGUCGAUCCUGAGGGAGCACCAAUUGUAUGCUAAGUUGUAG